AUGUCUGAUUUCGCUGCAUUUCAAACUUUGUUGUUGCAACUUCAAAGCUCGGAUAACGAAUCUCGUACACGUUCGGAGACCGCGUACGAUGCCAUUACACCGACAACUCGAUUCACUCUUCUCCUCCAAGUGUUAAACGACAAAAGCGUAAUCUCCCAGUCUCGGCAUAUGGCUGCAAUUCUCGCACGCCGGCUACUAGUCAAUGAUUAUGGUUCAGCAUUCGAGCCUCUUCCAGUCGAAACAAAAAAUUCAGCUAAACAACAGCUAGUUUUAAUUUUAGUUCAUGAAAGAGAACAAUUAAUGCGCAGAAAAGUAGCUGAUCUGAUCUCCGAACUGGUUCGGAUGCAAUUCGAUGAUGAUGGUAAUUCCGAAUGGCCUGAAUUCACUUCCAUUUUGCUUGAAUGGUCAAAUUCACCUGAUUCCGGGUUACGCGAAAUCGCCUGCCACAUUUUUGGAUCAGUCCCAUCACUAUUUGGAAACCAACAGGCACAAAGCAUAGGGAUUAUUGGUCAGUUUCUGGUCAGGGCUAUUUCUGACCCUUCAAGCUCAGAGCUUAGAGCUGCGGGGUUACGUGCCUUAGCUGCUUUUACUGUUCAAAAUGCAACUGAAGACUCUGUACUUCAAUCUCUCCGAGAAUUGGUUCCCGUUGCACUACAGGCUAUUGCUACUGCUAUCCAAACAGAUUCAGAAGAUGAUACACCUCUAAAAGCUUUAGUUGACAUUGCAGAUGCUGCGCAUAAAUACUUAAGACCUUAUUUAGCGCCUACAUUGGAGUUAUGCUAUAAGAUAUUGUGUAACGAAGAGCUUGAGGAAACGCAAAGACAUCUAGCCUUGGAAGUGAUCGUUACACUAGCAGAAAAUAUACCAGCGGGUGUAAGAAAGUCAGCCACUUUAAUCGAGUCUCUUGUGGGGACAUUGCUCAAUAUGAUGUCAGAAGUUGAUGAAGAACCUGACUGGGCUGAUGCUGACACUGCAGAAGAGGAGGAUGACAGUAGUAAUGCUCUCACAGCGGAACUUGCACUUGACAGGUUAUCAUGUGCUGUAGGUGGUCAACAUAUCCUGAAUGAAAUUCGCCGAUCUGUCCCAAAUAUGCUACAACACGCCGACUGGAAGCGACGGUAUGCUGGAUUAAUGGCAAUUUCCGCGUGCAGUGAAGGGAGCAGCAAACAGAUGGAGACUAUGCUUGGUUCUAUAUUAGAUGCUGUCCUCCCUCGUCUUAGUGAUCCACAUCCACGUGUUCGAUAUGCAGCUUGCAAUUCUGUUGGACAAAUGGCAACGGAUUUUGGUCCGAAACUACAGAAAACUCAUCACAGUACUGUGCUCCCAGCAUUAGUUCAAACACUUAACGAUACGGUGCCUAGAGUGCAAGCCAAUGCGGGGGCUGCUCUAGUCAAUUUCUGUGAGAAAGUACCACAGCACAUUCUGGUAAAUUACUUGGAUGACCUGGUGUCCAAACUCGAACAAAUCAUGAAUUCUAAGUUUCAAGAGAUGGUGGAGCAUGGUCGCAAGUUAGUGCUCAUGCAAAUAGUAACAACUGUGGCAUCUGUUGCUGAUGCAGCUGAAAAGAAAUUCUUACCGUAUUAUGAUCGUUUUAUGCCAGUUCUAAAGUAUAUAAUGGAAAAUGCUACACACAAAGAUUUACGUUUAUUGCGUGGUAAAACUAUUGAGUGUAUAAGUCUUAUUGGAUUAGCUGUUGGAAAAGAAAAGUUCAUUCAGGAUGUCGGGCCAGUAAUGAAUCUAUUACUUCAAACGCAAACUCAACCGGAUUCUGAAUCAUCAGACGAAGAUGAUCCUCAGGCUUCUUAUAUGAUUAGCGCUUGGGCAAGAAUCUGCAAGCUAUUGGGUCGUGAUUUCGAAAGUUAUCUUCCUGUUGUUAUGCCACAAGUAUUACGUUCUGCCUGUGUAAAACCUGAGAUAUGUAUCCUCGACAAUGAUGAAGCAGACGAUGUAGAAUCGGAUGUUGAUUGGCAAGUUGUCAAAUUGGGAGAGGAUCGUAAUUAUGCAAUUCGUACAAGUGGACUAGAAGACAAAGCAACAGCUUGUCAGAUGCUCGUUUGUUAUGCACGUGAAAUGAAGGAGAGUUUUGCACCUUAUUGUCAACAAGUUUUGGAUAUUAUGGUCCCGUUGCUUGAUUUCUAUUUUAAUGAUGAAGUUCGUAGUGCUGCUGCUGAAUGCCUACCUUUUCUUCUUAGUAGUAUGAAGGUUAAGCAACCAGAAUUGGUAAAAACUGCCUGGGAACGUGUACACAAAAGUCUUAUACGAGCAGUAACCAAUGAACCUGAGCGUGAUGUUGUAGCAGAUCAUCUACAAUCACUUGCAAAUUCUAUCGAAGCAGUUGGAAAGACUUAUGUGACUAGUGAUCAGUUAGCUGAAAUUCGAAAUCUAUUAGAUCAUUUGUUUCAUGAACAUUUUGAAAAAAGUGACGAACGUCUUGCACAACGACAAAAUGAAGAUUAUGAUGAAUUCGAAGAAGAACGCCUGUUAAGCGAAAAAGACGAAGAUGAAUACGUUUUAUCAAAAAUGUGUGAUAUUGUUCAUUCCAUUUUUGCUGCUUUCGGUGUUGAAGCACUUCCAUUCUUUCAACAACUUAUGGUAUUCUGUGUCAAACUCCUGGAACAAAAUCGUCCUUGGUCAGAUUUGCAGUGGGGUAUCUGUUUAUGGGAUGAGAUAAUUGAAUUCACUGGAACACAGAGUUGGCAAUUUCAUCAAUUCUUCUUGCCUACAUUUGUCCAAGCUGUACAUCACCAGCAGCCGGAUGUUCGCCAAGCUGUUGUUUAUGGGAUCGGCGUAGCUGCUAUGAAAGGCGGUCCUGAGUAUAAUCAAAUAUUGUCUGAUUUUGUUGGACCACUUAUACAGUUGAUUGAAGCCCCAGAUUCAAAGUCUGAAGAAAACAAUUUAUGCACCGAAAAUGCAAUUAGCGCUAUCACAAAGAUUAUGAAAUAUCGACCUGAAUGUUUACCGCCAGCACUAGGAGGUAUUGACGCUUUGAUCGUCCGAUGGUUAGGUUGGCUUCCUAUAUGUGAUGAUACUGUAGAGACUGAACAUGUAUAUGGCUAUCUAUGUGAUCUUAUUGAAGCCAAUAACCCUGUGGUAAUUGGACCAGAUAACUCCAACCUACCCCGCAUUGUUCGUGCUAUCGCUGAAUCCAUGUCUACUGGCGGUUUGUCUGAUACAAACACCGAAGAAAAUCGAUCGAAAUUAGAAACGGUUAAUCAAGCUGGUGGUUUCAAUCAGCAAAACGGUUUUGAAAAACCUUCCGCUUAUCAACGGUGUGUAUCCAUACUGCGCCACAUACAAUCCAAUUCAUCUUUGGUAGAAGUAUGUGUAAGUCAAUUAAAUGAAGAACAACGUAAAGCUCUUGGAAUUGCUUUAAUGGGUCAAUAA